UCAUUGGCGGAUCAUCGAUCCAGGUUAUGGUCAAUUCUUCAGUCUGUUUCCUCUGUGAAGUUCUAAAAAUGGAAACAUAAACGGCCAGCUGUUGCUCAGAGAGGUGAGGGUAGAAAGAAAUUCAAAGCUGUGUAAAAAUGGAGGUUCAAUGUACCUGGAUUUGAUUUCAGCAAAUGUACCGGGAUGUAAUUUCAGCUUCAUUCUCGCCUAUAUUGAGUCCCGGCAAGCAGAGCAAAUCGAAAGGCGUCCUCCCCUGAGUGCAGACAGAACCCAGAGUUGAAGGGGCGCCUUUGUUUCCCAGAAACAUACAAUGACUGAACCAGUAGUGAACAGGCCUCCGUCGCGUGCACCUUCAGAGACCAUGCCUUAUGUUCACAAAGUGGGAAUACCUCCAAAGCAAGACAUCCUCAAGGAGUUCAAAUCGGGUGUGAAGGAGACUUUCUUCGCAGAUGACCCUCUGCGGCAGUUCAAGGACCAGCCAAGGUCCAGGAAGCUCAUGCUGGUGAUCCAGUCUGUGUUCCCGAUUCUUGACUGGGGAAGGCACUACAGCCUCCAAAAGUUCAAAGGGGACAUAAUCGCCGGACUCACCAUUGCUAGCCUCUGUAUCCCUCAAGACAUUGGGUAUGCGAAGCUAGCGAAACUUGAUCCUCAGUACGGUCUAUAUAGUAGCUUUGUUCCGCCGCUUAUAUAUGCGUUCAUGGGAAGCUCUAGAGAUAUCGCAAUAGGGCCUGUAGCUGUAGUUUCUCUGUUGCUGGGAAGUCUCCUUCAGGAAGAGAUCGACCCGACUGAGAAUCCUACAGAUUAUCGCCGUCUCGCGUUCACUGCAACAUUCUUUGCUGGCGUCACCCAAGCCACUCUUGGAUUCUUUAGGCUCGGGUUCUUGAUCGACUUCCUAUCGCAUGCUGCAAUAGUAGGAUUUAUGGCAGGUGCUGCUGUGACUAUUGCUCUUCAACAACUUAAGGGUCUGCUCGGCAUAAAAAAAUUCACCCAGAACACCGACAUUGUCUCGGUCAUGAAAUCUGUAUGGGGCACGGUGCAUCAUGGGUGGAAUUGGCAAACUAUACUCAUAGGAGUGUCCUUCCUAGCAAUCCUUCUGCUAGCCAAGCAUAUUGCUAAGAAGAACCCAAAGUAUUUCUGGGUGCCUGCUAUCACUCCAUUGCUAUCCGUUAUCAUCGCAACCUUCCUCGUUUAUAUUACUCGUGCUGACAAUCAUGGUGUUGCGAUAGUGAAACACAUAAAGAAAGGGGUUAACCCAUCAUCAGCCAAAGAAAUAUUCUUUACAGGGGAUUAUCUCGGAAAGGGAUUCAAGAUUGGUGUAGUAUCAGGCAUGGUCGCAUUGACGGAAGCAGUUGCGAUUGCGCGGACAUUUGCUACUAUGAAAGACUAUCAGAUAGAUGGAAAUAAGGAAAUGGUCGCCCUUGGUACAAUGAACAUGAUUGGUUCACUCACUUCAUGCUAUAUUGCAACAGGAUCCUUCUCCCGAUCGGCUGUCAACUAUAUGUCAGGUUGCAAUACAGCAGUCUCGAACAUUGUUAUGUCGAUUGUGGUAUUACUAACACUCUUAUUCAUCACUCCACUAUUCAAGUAUACACCGAACGCGAUCCUCGCUUCAAUCAUAAUCUCAGCAGUUGUCGGGCUAUUUGACAUAAAUGCUAUGAUCCUGAUCUGGAAGAUUGACAAAUUCGAUUUCCUAGCCUGUCUUGGAGCCUUUUUCGGCGUUGUUUUUGUCUCCGUGGAGAUCGGUCUGCUGAUCGCGGUUUCCAUUUCAUUUGCAAAGAUCCUCUUACAGGUAACGAGGCCUAGGACUGCAAUACUAGGAAAACUGCCGAGGACGAGUGUUUAUCGGAACAUCCAGCAAUAUCCCGAAGCAUUGAAAAUCCCCGGAGUUCUGAUCAUUAGGGUGGAUUCAGCGAUCUAUUUCUCUAACUCAAACUAUGUCAAGGAGAGGAUCCUGAGGUGGCUGGCUGAUGAGGAGGAGUACCUGAAAGAGAACAAUCAGUCGAGGAUCGAGUUCUUGAUCGUUGAAAUGUCACCUGUUACCGACAUAGACACGAGUGGGAUCCAUGCCUUAGAAGAGCUACACCGAGCUCUCGAGAAAAAAGAUAUUCGGCUGGUUCUGGCAAAUCCUGGGGCGAUUGUGAUGGACAAGCUGCACGCAUCACAGUUUGUGAACUUGAUUGGGGAGGACAAGAUCUUCCUGACCGUGACUGAUGCAGUUCUCACUUGCGCACCGAAACUCGAACAAGCUUAGGUUUAAAGACUGAAAUGCUUCCAAUAGCUUUACAUGUUCCCUGCUGGUAGACACAAAGCCUGUCGUGUAAGAUUACUCUUGUAAAAAGAAAACCCAGUGGUUGAUAAAUAGAAAUGCAUUUUUUUCUCGAGAUUAUGGAGGCCCAAAAGAUGUAGAUAUUGCCUGCUUGAAUAAUGGGUAGACCACCCAUGUUAUUUUUAACAAGAAAUUGUUUCUCCUUUUC